AUCUCAUGGAUGAUCGAGGACUUGGACGCCAUCGAACCGGCACCGCUGGAGUCGCAAAGAACGCCGACAAAGAUCUGUAGCUGUGGCGAGACCGACGCGGCCCGUAGAGAACGCGCCAGUUUCCUGAGGGUACGCAGCACCGACGUGACAUGGAGUACCAGCAGCUUCUUGUCGCCCGACGAGGCGAUCUGGGAUCUUAGAAGGCGCACCAGCGAGGGUACGGAGUUUCGCUGGGAGCUCCAUACCUCGACCACAGACUUGGAUCUCGUCCGAAAGACCAAGUGCAGCUGCCACAGUCUGAUUCCGGGACAGAAAAAACCGGAAGGUGUACACCGCGGCGAUCUCAGAAAGCAUCACAGUGCAGAGACGGACAAGUGGUCGGUCAGGCCAGAAAAUCUGCUGACACCGAUGCACGACCUAAGGAAGCACAGCAGCGACGACACCAGAUUCGCGAGGGAGGCCAGAUGGUUACAGGUGCCGGAUGUGAUGCCGAAUCCGAAGCCCAGAUGUACCUGUCCCAAAGUGAAAACGCCACCACCCGCCUCGCCAGUGGAAGUGAAACCGGAGCUGAAGGAACCGGAGAAGCCGAUCACGCAGAAGGAGGAAAAAAAGUUGUACUACUCGAAGUCGCUGACGCCCGAGGAACCAGCCGUGCUAUGGGAAAAGCCAGAGGUGAAGAGGCAAGCCAGCGAGGAUCCGAGAGCCGCCAGAGGGAAGCCUAGAGAUCGACCCAAGCUGGAGCGCUCCGCUCAAGUGAGAAGCGAAAGUUCGAGGAGAUGGGGCUUCUCGCAAAGGGAUAAAGACAAGGACAAGGAAAAGGAGAAGGAGAAGGUUAUCAGCCCGGUGGAGAGCAAGAAGCCGAUACGAGCGAGAUGGGCCAUGAAGCCGCACGUAUCUCUACCCGCCGAGAAAAAGGCGCCGAAAUGGUACAGGAGUCAAGACGAGACGAAGAGCAAGAGUCUGCGCGAACGGCCCAAGUACAGCAUACGCAGAAGCAUGUCACCGGAGCCGGAUCCACGACAAAUGAGCAAGCUAGAGAAUAGAGUUGUGCGACGUCUGAUUUCACCAGAGAUCAGCAUCACCAGCACCAAAUGGGCACCGUAUGAGGACUCGUCACCGUUACCGACGAUCGGGAUAAGAAAACGCGACAAGCAGAAGCACAUCAGCGAUAUCAAGUGGACGCCGUACGACGAAUCACCGAGCGAAAUCCCGGUCGAGGUAAUCGACGACAAGAAAUGGUCACCCUUCCACAAUGUCACGCCUACGCACUGUCCGCCACCGGAACCGACGACACCCAGCAAGAGUGACGACGAGGAGUUCCGCUGGAAGAUUCUCAAUAUGGUCGCGCCGUUCCCACUCUACCAAGGCGGUUGGAAAGACGAGUCGCCGGAGAAGACACCACCGAAAAAGGCGACGACGCCGGACGACCUGUCGACGCCGAUUUGGUCACCAAGGGAGCCUACCACGCCCACCGCUAAGCGGAAGAGUGUCGUGCAGCCGGAUUACUCGCCGGAAUACUCACCGGCGCCACGCAGAUCCAGCAAGCCUCGGCUCAUCCGGAAGGGUGCGAUCAGAGUGAAAGCGUCCCUCCCCACCACCAGUCCUCUGGAGGACAGACUGCCCCAGGCCGGGCCGCCCCCGCCGACGGUAAUAAUACGUGCUGCUAGUGAGGAGACUAAACGACAGAGGCCCCAGCUGACCAGGUCCAAGGCCCUGCUGGAGGUGCCGAAGCAUAUAGACGCAACGAAGAGAUCGUUGAGCGAAGAAGGGCCGCGCAUGCAUCCUCGCGAACGUCCCAAACCGCCUGGAAGAACUCGCAGCGAGGAAGUGUCCAAGUACGACGAUCCUUGGUUGAGGGCGGAGUCUCCUGAGCUGCCUACUCGGAGAGAGAGGGCGUCCCGCGACAGACAGCGGCUCGGUUAUCCUCGCAAGGGCCUCAUGAAGAGAUAAUCUUCGAAACCACCUAAAAGACGAGACGGCAGGGCACAGCUAGUCGAGAUGAAGAUUAACGAGGUUCGAACGAGACGGGGAAGGAAGAUUCUAACACAAUCGCAUUCGUAUGGGUGCCGAAAACUUCGUUGGCCUACACGAAGACUACAAUGGAAAAUUCCAAAAAAAAAAAAAAAAAAAGAUAGAAGAGAAGAAGAGAAACGAAAUAACUUCGAAUUCAUUUUCGGCAUUCGACGGUCGUUUCCACAGCGAGAGGCGAGUCGAAACGGGCGGAAGUCGAGGCGAGGGGGUCAAGGACUGACUAUUAUUAUUUAAAUAGAGUAAAUAUAUACAUGUGCGUUUCUCGCGUUGCGCGCUCGCAGGAAAACGGAGGUUACUUCUCCUCGGGACGCGGCGCCUGUAAUACUCUCAGCUCAAGACGAGAUGUAGGGUUGCGCGCGACUGGGCGGACAUCCGGCAGGAAAAUCCGCGAACUCUGUGUGAGGGCGAGCAGACGAAAGAGCCGGUUGCCACCCGGCGGGCGUAUACGAGACGAUGGUUCACCUGUAGGGCGUUGAUUGAUAGUUCUGUACCGUAAUUAGUAACUUAAUGCUAAAAACGAUUAAAGUAUCGACUAGGGAAUAAAUAAUGACAUGAAUCUCUGUAGUGUAAGCGUGACUAGUUGAUUCGCGGAGAGAGUGUUCUCCGUUACGAAGGAUGAGAGAUAUAUACAGGGUGCGUCCGACGUGAAUCGAGGGGGAUUCCCCUCGAUCGCGGACGCGCGCGAAUAAAUAACGUUUAAGCGUAAUUUGUAUAUGUACGUAUACUCCGUACGUGUACACGUAAUUAUAUAAUAUUUGUAACGUUCGCUUUUUUUUUCUUGAGCGACAAGUGUAUAAGGAGGAGAGGAGGUAAAUGGAAGAGAAGGAGA